AACAGCAUUAUUUUAGUUCUAAGGCCAAGUACUCCAUACGACGCACCGGAGUUGAGAAGACGAUGAUUUCUUUGGUAUAAGCGCGCGCCUAAUUUUCGCCACUCUCAUUGCACCGGCUGAAAGCUAUCGUCGUGCUCACGAAAGCAGCAAGCUACCAUACCCACGCUAUGCUAACUUUCCCCAAACUACUCUCGUUUCUGGGGCUCGUUUCUCCUCCCGUCUAGUUUUUCUUUUUCUCUAUCGGCAGAACAACCUGGCAAAACAAGGGCCUUGUGGGAAAAUCACCAUGUCCUCUUCCACACCAUCGCGAGACAGCAACAAAACUGCGGCAGGACUCUCCAUGAAACCUGUUACAUUAUCGCGCGGAGGAUCCUCAACACCAAACGGUCAAGCAAAGAAACCAACCUCUUUCAAUUUUCAAAGCUCAGCUCGAGCAACUGAGGGCGUAAGCCAAACGCUCGCGCAACGACCUCACCGUCUUCACCACGACUCCGACGAUGACGACGCCGACCAAGGUGGCGAGCCCGCGUUCGAAUCCGUGACUGGAUUCGACACACUCACGGGCAAAACGAUCUCCGCUGAUGGCACCUCCUCCGAGAAGAAACCAUUGACGAUUCCCGUGGCGAGCAAUAAUAACUGGAGGGAUCGACCUGGUGUUAGGAAACCCAAGGGGAAGAACUUAUUACCGCAGGAAGUGCAGGCGCUCCAGGAAGCGCAGAGGAAGGGCCAAGUACCCGGGAAUGAUAAUGUCGAAACUACGGGUGCUAGUAUGUCCUAUGGACUGAGCUUUGCGCGGGAGUCGCAAGGUCCCGCAGCGCAAACGGGUCGAACGGAUGAAGACGAACGGAUGGAAGAUGUCGUCGUGGCUACACCGCUUGAGGAACGAAAACCGCUUACGGAAGAUGAGAUUGCAUUGCGGGCGCUCGUACGAGAGAGUCAGGGGGAAGUGGAAGCCAGGUCUGACCUUGUGAUUGAGUCUAGGCAGGCUGGUAACGAGGACGGGCCUUUCGAGACAUACGGCAACGAGACAAGGUCCUUUAGGGCAGAUAUUGCUGCGCGACCGGAACCCGCGACGCUGGACCAGUAUAAUGCGAUCCCUGUGGAGGAGUUUGGUGCUGCGCUGCUUCGCGGGAUGGGAUGGAAGGAAGGUGAAGCUGUUGGCAAAGGGAGCUAUGGCAGUUCGGAUUCAAGUCGCGCAACUACACCGCGCAUUCCCGCUCGUCGCCCGGGAUUCCUGGGAAUCGGGGCUAAAGAUUCCAGUGGUAAGGGUGCCGAGGCGGAACUAGGAGCAUGGGGUAAAUCUGCCAUGCGCAAAGGAGCCAGGAAAGCCGGGGAAGGAAAGGAAGGAAACACAGAUGGAGUUUAUAUGCCGGUGUUGAUGCGAAAUACCAAGACAGGCGAGAUGAUCACGGAGGAGGAGCUCGCAACGCUAAAGAAGGAUUCUAAACAACAACACGACGAUGACGACUGGAAGGAACGACGGGAUCGCAAUCUUGAAAGGAAUGGCCGUGAUAGAGAUCGUGACCGAGAUCGCAAUUAUCGACGUCUCGAGAACGAAAAAGGUCGAGAUGAUGCCCGCAGCGAGAGUCGUAGGGUUCGCUCCUCCAGAAGGGAUCGAAGUCGGUCGUCUGGUGAUCGAGAUUCCAGACAACGAAGAUACAAAGAUGAAGAUGGUGACGGACGAGAUGAUCGGUACUAUCGUGAUAGAGACAGGGAUCAAGACCGUGACCGUGACCGUCGCAGUGACCGCGAUAGAGAAAGAGAAAGAGAGCGGGAUCGCGAUCGUGACCCUAAAAGGCAUAAAUACUACGACGAUGACCGUUACAGCUCACGACAUUCUUCAUCCAAUGGCUCUAGCAGACAUCGGGAUCGGGAUAGAGACCAUGACGGUGACCGGGACUCUCAUCGACGGCGCAAAUAUGAUGAUUGACGAAUAUCGGGAGGUUGGCUUUGAAUCCCAAUAUACCUAACUUACAUUACGUGGGUAAUUCACAACUUAGGUAUACUAGCUCAAGAUAUCCUGUUUCACGUCAUGGCCGUUAGAUGAUCUACUUGUGGUUGAGAACUCGACGCAUAUCAUUCCAUCUUAAUGUACUCCGUACUGUACAAGCAACUUUGGCGUUCUUCGCUAGGAAAAGCGGAAAUCGAUGUUAAAUAGCCUUUACCUGCCAAGAUGGGUGAUAUGAUUUAAUAAGCUAGAGAAACAAAACUUUUUUUUACACCCU